AUGUGCCCUCACGCAAACGGCGACUCGAACCUUGCCAAUCCGUCCGAGAUGGUUGCGAUCGAUCUAUCGAAUGGCUCAUCCUCCGGUAAGGUCAACGGAGUCAACGGCCAUACCAACGGGGUGAACGGCCACGUUAAUGGAGCCAGCAAGCCAGCUGAGCAGCGACGGAAUCCAUAUGCUCCCCGAGCUUCUGAUUUCUUGAAUAACAUAUCAAAUUUCAAGAUUAUCGAGAGCACUUUGCGAGAGGGAGAACAGUUUGCGAAUGCCUUCUUCGACACCAAGACUAAAAUUUCUAUCGCCAAGGCUCUUGAUGCCUUUGGAGUGGAAUACCUUGAGCUCACGAGUCCUGCUGCUUCGGAACAGUCUCGCAGAGACUGUGAGGCUAUUUGCAAGUUAGGGCUGAAGGCUAAGAUUCUUACGCACAUUCGAUGCCACAUGGACGAUGCACGGAUAGCAGUCGAAACUGGUGUUGACGGCGUCGACGUUGUCAUCGGGACAUCGUCGUUCCUUCGCGAAUUCUCCCAUGGAAAGGACAUGGCUUACAUCACCAAGACGGCCAUUGAAGUAAUUGAAUUCGUCAAGAGCAAGGGUAUUGAAGUUCGUUUCUCCACGGAGGAUUCAUUGCGCUCAGAUCUCGUCGAUUUGCUCUCGAUCUACCAGACCGUAGACAAGAUUGGUGUCAACCGUGUCGGCAUUGCGGACACCGUGGGUUGCGCUAACCCUCGCCAAAUUUACGACCUCGUCCGGACGCUCCGAGGAGUCGUUAGGUGCGACAUUGAGCUCCACCUUCACAACGACACUGGGAUGGCGAUCGCGAACGCGUACACUGCAUUGGAAGCCGGCGCAACACACAUCGAUACCUCAGUUCUUGGCAUUGGCGAGCGUGUUGGUAUUACUCCAUUGGGAGGGUUGAUUGCAUGUCUCUAUGCCGCAAACCCGGAAUAUGUUAAAAGCAAGUACAAUCUGCCCAUGCUACGUGAGAUUGAGAACUUGGUUGCGGAGGCUGUUGAGGUCAACGUGCCAUUCAUGAAUCCUAUCACUGGAUAUUGUGCUUUCACUCACAAGGCCGGUAUCCACGCAAAGGCUAUUCUGAACAACCCGUCUACCUACGAGAUCCUCAAACCCGAGGAUUUUGGUCUCACGCGGUAUGUGUCAAUUGGACACAGAUUGACGGGCUGGAACGCGGUCAAGAGCCGUGUGGAACAGCUUGGCCUCAAGUUGACGGACGCUGAGAUUAAGGAUGCUACAGCCAAGAUUAAGGAGCUUGCUGAUGUGCGCACGCAGUCGAUGGAUGAUGUUGACUCGCUCCUCCGCGUCUACCACUCUGGUAUCCAGUCCGGCGAGCUUGCCGUUGGACAGAAGGAGGCGCUCGAUCGUUUACUUCGCAAGCACCGCGAGGGUGCAAUGGACAGUCGCGAUUCAUCUGCAAGCAGACCAUCGAGCCCUGUGCCGACUGCUGCGUAG